AUGCCGGUUCACCAUCUCAUGGUCGGCACCUGGACGCCGCCCGGCGCCAUCUUCACCUUUGCCUUUGACGACGAGGCGCUGACGCUGACACUCGUCAAGCGCACCGCCAUUCCCUCGGACGAGCCCAUUUCCUGGAUGACCUUCAACCACAACAAGACGGCCAUUUACGGCGCCGCCAUGAAGAAGUGGUCAUCGUAUGCCGUCGAGAAUGCCACCACCAUAACGCACCAAGUCUCCCAGCCCAUGCUCCACGACCCCGCCGCCGCCUCCCCCGAGACCAACACGCGGGCCAUCUUCCUCCUGGCCGCGCGGCAGCCCCCGUACGGGGUGUACUGCAACCCGUUCUACCAGCACGCGGGGCACGGCAGCGUCUUCAGCCCUUGCGCGUCCACGGGCGCGCUCACGUCCGGCGCGGUGCAGCACUACCCGUACCAGCCCGGCAGCGGCAUCCACGGCAUGGUGUUUGACGCCGAGGAGCGGCACCUGUACUCUGCCGACCUGUCCGCCAACAAGCUGUGGGUGCACCGGCGGCCGGACCCUCUGCGGGCCGAGGUCGAGCUCGUCGGCAGCGUCGACGCGCCGGAUGCCCGGGACCACCCGCGGUGGGUCGCGCUGCACCCGUCCGGGGCGUACCUGUACGCGCUCAUGGAAAAGGGCAACCGCGUGUGCGAGUACGCCGUCGACGCGGACUCGCGCAUGCCCGCGUACACGGGGCGCGCGUUCCCGCUCAUCCCCCCCGGCAUCCCCGACCGCUGGACCAUGUACCGCGCCGACGUGUGCGCCCUGUCCCACUCGGGCCGCUACCUGUUCGCCAGCGCCCGCUCCAACAGCCCCGAGCUGACGGGGUACGUCGCCGCGUUUCGGCUCGCAGAGGACGGCCGCGUCGAGAGGCAGAUCCUGCUCAACCCGACGCCCACGAGCGGCGGGCACAGCAACGCCGUGGCGCCGUCCGACUGGAGCGACGAGUGGCUCGCCGUCACAGAUGACGAGCAGGGGUGGCUCGAGAUUUACCGCUGGCAGGACGAGUUUUUGGCGCGCGUGGCGAGGGUCCGCGUGACGGAGCCUGGGUUCGGCAUGAAUGCCAUCUGGUACGACUAA